AUGUAUCUGUCAUCUUUGAAUAUUUUAUUGAACACGCUUGGCAGCUUCCCAGUCUUAUCGUAUGCAACUGGCUUUGUUAAGGAUUUUAUUAUUAGUAUUAUGAAAACAGCCCCAGUUCCUAGACACGUCGCAUUAAUCAUGGAUGGGAAUAGAACUUAUGCAAAGAAUAACAACUUACCCUUGAAAGAUGGCCACAAUGCUGGCGCAGAAUCUUUGAUUCAUGUUCUUGAUGUUUGUUAUAGAGUUGGUAUAAACACAAUUACAAUCUAUGCAUUUUCCAUUGAGAACUUUAAUAGAUCUCAAGCGGAAGUUGAUACAAUUUUUACUUUACUACGUGAUAAACUCUCAUUAUUAGUCCAGAAUGAAACUUCAUUCGCUCAAUUAAAUCGAGUGAAAAUUCGUAUUAUUGGCAAUAAAAGUUUAAUUCCUCAAGAUAUUUUAACUGAUUUGGAACAAAUUGAAACUAAAAGUAAUUUAAAUGAUACAAUUAGAGUGUUGAAUGUUUGUUUCCCAUACACUUCAAGAGAUGAAAUCACACACUCAAUGAAAACAAUAGUGGAAAUGUACAAAAAUCAUCAAAUUGAAUCAAAAAAUGAUAUUAAUAUGCAAACUUUGCAUGAUGCUAUGUAUAUGGGACCAGACUCACCACCAUUAGAUCUUUUGAUUCGAACUAGUGGCCACACUAGGUUGAGCGAUUUUAUGCUUUGGCAAUGUAAUCAAGAUUGUACCAUUGAAUUUGUCAAGACUUUAUGGCCAGAUUUUAAGUUUGUGGGAAUUACAUGCAUUUUAUUCAAAUGGAUGUAUUAUAAAACUUUACAAUUGGAAGAAGAGGAAAGAAUUCUGAAGAUCCCAACUAAAAAUAAUAAAGUUGUUACUAAUAUUUUAAAAGAGUUACCUCCAGCUCCACCUUUUGCAUCCGUUUCUGGAUCAUAG